GGUACACAAGCCAUGCUUUAUCCUGUGACCCGCUCAUUUCUGUUUCAAACACAGGAAAGCCCUAAACUCCGUCAGCCCAACCCCAGCACUCGCACACACCUCAGACGAGAGAAUGGCUGUGUUCAUGAAAAUGAAUGAGCUUUGGAAAAUGAUGACUUUGGGUUUGAUCUUCUGUCUUCUUCUGGUACAGAGUUGUCACAGUCAGGAUGAUACAUCAGAUACAGCCACAAACUCGACAACUCCUGCUUCAAAUAACACUCCAAGCCAAGAAACGAACACUCUAAACGAAGAAACGAACACUCUAAACCAAGAAGCUAACAAUACAACCCAACAUAAUGACACUUCAAAUCAACAAACUGAUACUACAAACCAACCAAUCCCUGUGGCCACAGAAAAAAGCAUGCAAGAACCUAUCCAAAAGGACACCUUAACACCUACAGCUGUUCAUGCCAAAACCGAACCUACGAGUGGAACAGUAACACCUUCAUUAAACACCAUGAGGACCACAACUGAAGUUAACGACUCAGAUAAUGAAAUAGCUGAAGACAUCAACCUAUCUUCAAAUCUUAAUCAGGGAAAAUCUAACGACAAAUCAAAUGAGAAGUCCCCUGCUGUUUUUGUGUCUGUUCUGCUGGCGGGCUUAUUGCUUGCUGCCCUCAUCAUUGGCGGCUUCUGCUAUAAAAGUCAUUGCAAGACCAACAACAAAGGCAUGAAACUGGCCGAAGAGUCCUACAUGGCCGAUGAGGAGAACCAGGGUAACACCCUCGUAUCCGUGGCUCCUCUGAACCAACCCGAGCCCCAGGAGAAGACCAGUCUAAACGGAGAAUCCCCAGAGGGAGUGAAGACCCCGACGACUCCUGCCGCCACCAACGGUCACUCCACCACCAAAACAGCAGACACUGAGCUGUGA